AUGCGUAUCGGGUUGUUAAAGUUGUCAAGAUUGCUCCCAAAGAUGCUAGAAUCACAGCUACAGCAUUACAAUUUCGGUGGUCAUCGUCCUAAAUUGGUCGUAACGUGUUCGGAUGUUCCUGGCCAUUACAUCGAUCUACUUAAGCAAAAAUGCGACGUAAAAGUGUGCAGUGGACUAAAUCGCGACGAAAUACUUCGAACCAUCCCCGAAGCAGAGGGCAUCCUGUGGCUGACGGCUGACCGGCUAGAUUCGAAGGCGCUCGAUGCGGCCGGUCCGCAGCUGAAGGUGGUCUCAACGAUGACAUCCGGCAUGGACUAUGUAGAUGCUAACGAAUUUAGCAGGCGUGGAAUAGAGCUUGGCCAUACGCCUAAGGUAGUAAACGAGCCGGUAGCGGAUAUUGCUAUAGGUCUUAUGCUGGCCGCAGCGAGACGGUUCCACGAAGGUCGGUUGAAAAUCAUUAAUGCCGAGUGGGAAAUGCGACCCCAGUGGAUGCUGGGUCAGGAUGUGCCUGGUUCAACGGUGGGAAUUGUAGGAUUCGGUGGCAUCGGUCAGACGAUUCUGAAACGUCUCAAAGGAUUCGAUAUCGGACGAUGCUUGUACACUGGUAGAAAUCGAAAAGUGGAGGCCGAGGUAGCCGGUGCUUCCUAUGUGGAUCUAUCUACUCUGCUCCGGAAUAGUGAUUUUGUGUUUAUCGCAUGUCCCCUGACAAGUGAAACGGCAAAAAUGUUUAAUCGCGACACACUUGCAAUGAUGAAACCAUCCAGUGUGUUGGUCAAUGUGGCACGUGGAGGCAUUGUUGAUCAACCGGCUUUGGUGGAGGCAUUAAAGAACCGUACCAUUUUUGCUGCCGGACUAGACGUCAUGACACCAGAGCCAUUGGAUGCGAACGAUCCACUCCUCUCGCUGCCGAACUGUGUUGUAGUACCCCACCUUGGAACGGCGACGAAGCAAAGCCUGCAGGAUAUGCUUGCUAUAACCACAAAUAACGUUCUUUCGGUUCUUGCCGGAGGACAGCUAGUGGCGCCUUUCAAGAAAUAA